AUGGAGGGCAGAAGAACCGUAUUGAACAGCGGGACCUCGAAUAAUGGUACUAGUAUUAAAGGUUUGCAGUUAUUCAUCGCUGAUCUAAGAUCGUCCCAGCAUUCAGAUGAGCACGAAAAGAGAAUUCAGUCUGAGAUUAUCAAAAUAAAACAGCAUUUUGAGUCAGCCGGUAAGAAAAGUCCUAGCGGACAUGAUAAAAUUGGAGGUUAUCAACGUAAGAAGUAUGUGGCCAAGCUAGCGUACAUUUACAUUACAUCCAAUACGAAGAAGCUUAAAGACAUUUUAUUUGGGUUAGACCAGACGGUACUCUUAAUGCAAUCUAGGUUUUAUUCUGAGAAGUAUAUGGCAUAUAUGAUCUUCGAACUACUGUACAAGCACCCUGAAGUGAUCUCGAGAGUAGGUGACAGGGUCACACAGACACUUUUGAAGGAUUUGGCUUCGAAUGAGGAUAAUUUUGUUGCCCUUGCCUUAAACUUCAUAGGUGUAGUUGGUAAAUUGGAUCACGAAUUGGCAUUAAAUGAAGAUGUCGUUUCGCAUGUUUUUCAAAUACUAAGAUCACCUACCUCGCUCCAGUAUUUAAAGAAGAAAUCUGCUUUAUCUUUCCUAACAUUACUGAAGUGCAAUAAGGCCAUUUUGACUAAUGAUCAACAGCGCAAGCAAUUAUGGAUACAGCGAAUAUUAAGCCUGUUGGACGAUACGCAUAACUAUAGACUGAUGUUACCGGUGCUUCCUUUGGUUGAAUACAUAGCGAAAAACAUUGAUCCUGGCUGUUGUAUAAGAUUGCUGCCACAACUAACACAAAUCCUUCACAACUGUGUUGUUACUGGAACACGUUCAGCAGGCGGUACGCCCUUCCCCCAAGAAUUCAAAUUCGCUAAUGUACCCAACCCAUGGCUUAUAACGAAGAUUGUCUCCCUGCUGAGUUUGUUGAUAGUUUCCUCCACGGAAGUCAGCAACAAUUCAGCGCAGCUUCUUCAUCCAAGUAAUAUAGAUCGAGAAACUUUAGGGAAAUUGAGGAUGUGCGUAACUAGGGCUAUUGAACUUGGUACAAAGCAGUGUAAUGAUGCUAUGGAACGUCUUGUGUUGAAUACAAUACUGUUUUCUUUGAUUAAUUUCGCUUCAAAGCUGGAUCCCUCUAAUGAAGCAAUCAGCAACUCUGUUACCGCCUUAUGUUCACUGCUUUCUUCGGCAGAGAUUAAUAUUCGUUACUUGACCUUAGAUUCUCUGGUAAAGCUCUGUUCAUUAAACGGAAAACCAGCUAUCGACACUGUGCGUUAUGAAAACCUUGGCUUGAUUUUCCAUCUGCUUAAUACUGAGAGUGACUCCUCGAUCGUCCGAAAGGUGGUUGAUUUACUCUAUACAUUCACAGAUGCGGACAAUGUCAAAGUUAUAGUUGAUGAACUGUUCAAUUAUAUCUCAUCAACAAGGCGAAUGACAGAUCCUACAAUAAAAUCUGAUAUUGCAGUCAAAGUUGCAAUCUUGACCGAAAAAUAUGCUACAGAUACCAACUGGUACAUUCUCGUAUCACUGAAGCUACUUUCGCUGACUUCAACGGCGUCUUUGAAUGAUGACGAAAUAUGGCAGCGCCUAUGCCAAAUCGUUGUUAAUAAUCCGCAAUUGCACAAAAUGACCUGUGAGCAGUUGGUCGACUACCUCUAUAUGAAUCAUGCUAGUGAGGCUAUUGUCAAGGCUGGGGCAUUUUUGCUCGCAGAAUAUGGGAAUUUAAUAAGCGAAAAGGUAUCAAUUGGAGAUUUAUUCAAUCUAUUCACUGACAAAUAUUUCAUUGUAUCCAAUAUCACAAAGGCAAUGAUUUUGACUACUAUGAUAAAACUGUACAGAUUUGAGCCCAGGAUUGAAUCAGUGGUGAUAAAGUUCUUUCAACUUGAGCUUAAUUCACUAGAUAUCGAAUUACAGACGAGAUCCUACGAAUAUUUGAACUUGAUUCAACUUUCCAAGUUAAAUGGUGACAUGGCUUUGCUGGAUGCGCUCUUCGCUCCCAUGCCACCCUUCAAUACGAAAUCAAAUCCUCUUUUGAACAGGUUGGGAAACUUACCAUCUUCAGGUGGCAGCGCAACGCUACUGGACUCUGUGAGACCAAUCCGCAUAGAGGACGAUGGUGCUAAUGGAGCUGCAACGACAAUGACUGAGAAACCGCCUCCUCCGCCUUCGAGACAAAGUAAUACGGCGCUAUCUAGUAGUACGGCAAACGAUGGCCCAAGCCAAUAUUCACACCAGAAUUUGUCUGCUAAGUGGGAGGAAGGGUUUGCGAGAAUGCUCUCGCACAAAAAGGGUGUUCUUUAUACUUCUCCAAUGUUAAGGGUCUUAUACUCGAUCAAUACUGUCGAUUCACAACCAUCUCAUCUCAAAAUUGCAUUAACAUACGUUAAUCAGGCUGAAUGGGAUAUAAAAGGGCUCUCGACAGAGUUCUUCGCAUCAAAGAUUGGGAAUAAUCCUGAAUAUGUGCUACAAAACAUUGGGGCUCCAUCCGCUAUAGAAAUCCUACCACACAAACGAGCAGAACAAAGCAUAGAAGCAGUUGUUAGAAAACCGUUCAGUGUGAAUGAUAGUCCGAUAAUUAAAAUUUAUUUCAGCUGUGGUGGUUCUUCCAAUUCAGUCGUUCUGAAAUUGGCAGUUGGAUUGACGAGUACAAUGCUAACUGAUAACAGAAACAGUUCAAUAACACCGUUGCAAUUCGUGACAAGAUGGAGAAAACUGCGGGAAGCACUUGGUGAAGAAGGUGAGUUUACACUGGAUAACAUUAAUGUGAGAAGAAGAAAGUCGAGAACACCAGGUAAUAAAAGCGAAAUAGAUUUCAUCACACAGUCCAUUGUGCGAUUGGGAUUUGAUGUUGCGCAGCAGUCCAACAUUGGAAAUACGUUGUUCCUUGCUGGAAUCAUACACACUAAGAGCGAUGGUAAUUUUGGGUGCCUGAUGAAAAUCAAGUAUGAUGACGGUCCAGGACUGGUCAGCAUAACCUGUAAGACAACCUCGCCAGGUCCACUUGCGAAAUAUAUUGUGGAGUGUGUGAAACAUGUAAUGACCAAUUGA